AUGCUGCUGCUGUGGCACGAGGCGCUGGGCUCGGACGACGAGCAGGCGGCGGAAGACGAGCUCUGCGCGCGCGUACUGUACGCGCAGGAGGAGGACGGGCACCACGGGGAGGAGAGGCUGCUGCAGCGGCUGCACCUGGCGCAGGGACUGCUGACGUUCGUGCGGAUGCUGCGCCGCCGCAGCCAAGACGACGAGGCCGAGACGAGCGCCGCCCAGUGGACGCCGGAGUGGGCGAGCGUGACGCUGUCCAGGAGGAGGUUCUUCGUCCUCGAGGUGGAGCCGCAGAUCUUCAUGGCGCUGGGUGUGCAUCCGACAGUUGAAAUGAAAGACCACGGGCCGGGGUAUAAAGCUCUGCUCCGAGAGAUGUACGGCAUGUUCCGACUGUUCCACGGGAGCAUCGACAGGUGA